AGUACCAACCAACGUAGUAAUAUAGAUUAAUAACCUAGUGGAGUUUAUAGGGAAGCACCCAUAUAAACAGUGUUUUUUUUUUCGGGGGGGAGAAAAGCUGAAACAAAAAUGGCUGCAAGGAUGUUAUGGGCUUCAAGGGCUGCUUCAUACCUCAGAAUCUCUGUCUUCAACCGAGGCUUUGCUUCUGUUGUGAAGGAUUUUAAGUAUGCUGACUCCCAUGAAUGGGUGAAAGUGGACGGAAAUUCGGCUACUGUAGGCAUAACCGAUCAUGCUCAAGAUCAUUUAGGUGAUGUUGUGUAUGUUGAAUUGCCAGAAGUAGGAGCUUCUGUAACACAGGGUGAAAGUUUUGGUGCUGUUGAAAGUGUCAAGGCAUCAAGUGAUAUUUAUUCUCCUGUAUCAGGAAAGGUAACUGAAGUCAAUGAGGAGCUCAGCACCUCGCCUGGUUUGGUCAAUGGAAGUCCAUAUGAGAAUGGAUGGAUAAUGAAGGUUGAGAUAAGUGAAUCGAGUGAAGUGAAGAACUUGAUGGACUCUGACCAGUACUCAAAGUUUUGUGAAGAAGAAGAUGCAAAGCACUGAUUAAUGCCAUGCCAUGUUACUGAUGCAUUAUGCCAAGGAGGUGGAGCCAAAAAGUGGAGUUUUUCUAAUUUUUAUCCGUGUUUUCAUUUCAUUACUUCCCUGUGGCUGUGAGCCAUCAUAAAGUAAGCUUAGUGUUUGCAUCCAGAUUAAGAGUGAAUCUGUCCUUGUAACAUUUAUAAAUUUUUAUUGCAUAACAUUUUAGCUUACCUAAAUAAUAUUUUAAAAUUUAAAGCA